GCCAUGUUUAAGCCUUCACACGUCGCUCAAGGAACUAAACACUUCCUUUACAACAGCUUACUUCAUAGGCGAUAAAUCUGGGCCGUAGUAUAACUGCUUUCGUUACUCUGACCGGCAAUCUACAUCUCUUCUCUGCUCCUCAACCCGUAUGCGACUAGCAACCUCAUAAAGCAUUAUACUAUUAUUGUAUGAGAUGCUUAAGCUCGAGUUGCGGAACCGCGUCGGACUGAGAGUUACUUACGGUACAAUAGUAGUUACGUACCUGCUUAGACGAAAAGGUUUUUCUUGCAUUGUAGAGUGUAACAAAUAAAUAAGCUCUGGGCAACCGAUGUGAAGACCUGCUGCUGAACAACUUCAACGGGAAACUUCACUCUGCUGGUGAUAGCAUGGCGUUUUCACGGCAACUAAAUUUCCAAGUCCUUCAAGUAAAACAUCCCAUCAUUACAACUUUGGUCGUAGCCCUUUUGGUGUUAGUUCGGGAAAGUCACACGGGCGCAGCUGCGAUAGUAACGACAACGGAGCAGCCGCGGUGGCGUCCGCAUUCUUUGCAGGAACAACACAAAGCAGCAAACGACUUGCAAGCUGACUUGCAUGUAAACGCAAGUGAGAGCCCCCAAGCACGGGUGGAGUCUCUCCGGCGGCAUAGACACAGUCCUGAAGAUAGCACUGGCGGAAGCAGCGGUAGUGGCGGUGGCGACGACACUAGUAUUAGCUCUGCCAAUGCCGAUUUACUGCGGGACAAUUCCUCUAGAAGGAGGCGAAGAGGCCUCACGAAAAGCGGGAGAGAAAGCGGAAGCAGCAUAAGCGUAGAGGAAGUACAUGCAAGCCCCAACAGAGUAUUAGAUGCUCCCAAACCUCCUGACCGUCAAGGCAAGUCCCGGCGGCAGCAGCUGGUGGAGGAAUUCCUGUCGGAAGAAGAGGAGCAGGUCGCUGAUGCUUCACCAGCAGCAGCAGCAACACCAGCAGCGAAAGCCUCUUCGGGCGAGGUUUCGGAGCGCUGUGUGAUUGUGCUGGGCACAGGCCGCUCCGGCUCCACCUCCCUCAUGGACUCCCUCAACCAGCUGCCCAACUACUUCAUUCGGGGGGAGCAGGAGGCCGCCUUCUACCACCUCUUCAUGACGUGGAGGAUGCUGAAAAGGUCGUGGUACCGCUCGCGCGAGUUCAACGCCAGCAUUCAGGCUUUCGAGGCGCGGCGCGGGCCCGGCGCUGCCGCCCACCUGCGGUACGGCAAGGUGAAAGAGGUGUACGACAAGUACGCCGUAAAGAAGAAGCUGCCGUGGUUCAACGACCUGCACCCGGAGAGGCUUCUGGAGGCGGUGCGGGGAUUCUAUGCGGCCACGUACGGGUACCAUGGGGCAGGCACUGUGAGCGGCUUCAAAGAGGUGCGCUUCGUGCGCGGCCGGGCGCUCACCGGGACCGACGCCUCCUACCAGGGCUUUGUGGAGUUCGUGCACUUCCUGAGGAUGCUGUGCUUGGACGUGAAGGUCCUGCUCAACUCUCGCGCCUCUGCCUCCCUGGACGAUAACUAUAAGCUGGUCGACAUGCUGGAGCGCAACGGGGUGCUGGAGGCGUUGCACGCGGACAACGCGACAUUCGUGCGUGACCUGGAGAUCACACAUGGGUGGUACGACAGGUAUGCCGCGGAGUACCCGGAUCACGCAUUCCGGGUCAUCAUGGAGGACAUGUUCGACGCAAAGAAGAACGCCACGCUGGCUCGCCGGCUGCUCAGCUUCCUAGGGGAGGACCCGGCCACGCCCAUCCGCUUCGACCGCAUGCCUAGCUGGAGCCGACCGAACCCCAGGUCCAAGGCAGCAGCAGGGCGCCAGGAGCCGGAUGCCGCAGGGGCCAAGAGGAGGGAGAAGCAGAAAGUGGAAGGGGUAAAGGAGGAGAAGGCGGCUCCUGCCAGAUGGAGGCGGCGGAGGCUAAGGGGUAAUAGAUAUUCUAGAUAGCACGCAAACACGUAGAUUAUAGAUGAGGAAUAGGGUGAGGGCAAAGGGUAAUAGAGCGGGUUGGUAAUGUAAUGGCCUGCGGGGUGAUGCCGCCACACAACAGUAAGGGCAACGUCGCCCGCGGUUGGAGUGCCCGCGGUUGGAGCAGGCCGGGGAUUGACGAGGCGACAGCGGCAGUAGUGGCAGUAGCCGCAGCUAUGCUGACUAAGGUAGCUGAUGGCACAUGCGGGAAGGCUGUUGGGAGUUGAGUACUUUGCAUGGUGUCAUGGCCUAAGGCGAGCAGCUACCCUAGUGAGGUAGGGUAGCGCCGACGAGGACACCGCGCCCUACUGGCGUGCGUGGUAACGGCACAGGGGUGCUGCCGGCUUGCUGGUGCUUUGCUGGUGGUGCUGUGAGACGACGAAGUACCGCAGGGCGGACACCGGACGUCGGUGACACGGUCUUAUGUAAUGAAGAGUACGGAACAUAGAGUAUACG